UUACCCGGAUGUAAACUUCUCCAAAAUGGCGUUGGUGACAGGAAAGAUUGAAAAGGUGUAAAUUUUGUUUCCUGUGAGGUGUACAGAUCUAUAAACUUAAAAAUGUUCAAGAAGAAAGGAAAGAAGAUAGAAAUCUCUACACCCUCCAACUUUGAACAUCGUGUGCACACUGGAUUUGACAGGGAUCAGGGGAAAUAUGUAGGCCUCCCUCCACAAUGGACUGGCAUUAUCAUACCAGAGGAAAAUGAUAGACGUAAACCCAUUAUAGAUCCCUCCACCAUCACACAGACAGAGAUCCUCCCCCUAAAGACAAUUAUCAGAGGUCAUUCCACACAACAAUUAAAUGGCUUUGCUCCAUCAGACACGAAAAUUUCUGUGGCAAGGUCAAACUCUUUACGGCAGGGCAGCCCACCACCACAAAGGCAGAGGUAUGUCCCUGACAACAUGUAUCCCGCAGUUCCAGAGAAUGAAAUGCCUCCUCAGCGAGGAAUGCAGAAUCCUUAUGGACAGCGCCCAGGUUACAACCAACCACAGUACAGACAGGAUGGGGGCACCCUGAACAGACAAGACCCACAAUAUGACCGUCGUUAUCCACAGGACAAAGAUCCUCGUAGAGAGUACAGAGAUCCUUGGGACAGGGAUCCCAGGGAUGGGAAUCCUCGUGACCCUAGGGACAUGCAUGACCCCAGAAACAUGCGUGACCCUAGGGACUAUCCACCAGAGUAUCGUGGUGGUCCCCCUCCUGGCAACAACUACAGACCAGAUGGAACAUUAGAGCGAGAUAGGAGAUCUGAGGACAGUUAUGAUAGAAGGCAAAAUGAAUCUUUUGAGAGGAGACAUAAUGAUUCUUUUGAUAGUAGGCGAAACAACGAUUCAUUUGAACGCCGACAUAAUGACUCAUUUGAUCGGGAUGGUCAUCGUGACAGACCACCUCAAAACAUGCCACAUCCCAAUGCCAAAUACAAUCAAAUGCCAGCAAAUGGUGGCCAUAGCCCUUCGGCCUAUCCCCAGGAUGACUACAGGCACAAUCAGCUGUCUAACGGAAAUUCUAUGCACCCACAGGGUGGCCCCCAACGACACCAUCCAUCACAACAACAACACCCUGAUAUGCCAUACGGUGCACAGAAAUCCCCAGCAGGGCUGCAGUAUGAACGGUCGUCACCUAUGAAGGGCGGACCACCUACUCCCAACAAACCUUCCAACCUACAGCCUGGUGCACAGCCUCACUACCCAUCAUCACAGCCACCACAAAAAUCUCCAGGAAAAAUACCCCCCUCAAACAAAAACAACCAGCCCCCACCAGGUUCCAUGCCAGAGCAGAGAUUGUCACACGAUCAGUUCCGUGCUGCCCUACAAAUGGUGGUCAGUAGGGGUGACCCCAGAAAUGACCUGGACAACUUCCUCAAAAUUGGGGAGGGAUCAACAGGGAUUGUAUGUAUAGCCACACAACGCACAGAUGGUCAGAAAGUUGCUGUCAAGAAAAUGGACCUGCGCAAACAGCAACGAAGGGAGCUUCUGUUCAACGAGGUUGUUAUCAUGAGAGAUUACCACCAUCCCAACAUAGUGGAUAUGUACAACAGCUUUCUUGUGAAUGAUGAGUUAUGGGUGGUGAUGGAAUUUCUUGAGGGUGGUGCUCUCACUGACAUUGUUACUCAUAACAGAAUGGACGAAGUGCAAAUAGCAACUGUGUGUAGAGCAUGCUUGAAGGCACUGGCUUUCUUACACUCCAACGGGGUCAUCCACAGGGACAUCAAAUCAGAUUCCAUCCUGCUGUCCCAGGAUGGCAAGGUUAAACUAUCUGAUUUUGGAUUCUGUGCACAAGUGACUCAGGAAUUACCUAAACGCAAAUCUUUGGUUGGAACACCUUACUGGAUGGCUCCAGAGGUCAUAUCAAGAUUGCCCUAUGGUCCAGAAGUUGACAUUUGGUCGCUUGGUAUUAUGGUUAUUGAAAUGAUUGAUGGAGAACCUCCGUUCUUCAAUGAGCCACCACUCCAAGCCAUGCGUAGAAUCAGGGACAUGCCUCCGCCUAAACUAAAGAAUGCACAUAGGGUAUCUCCUCGAUUACAAGGAUUCCUAGAAAAGACAUUGGUGCGCGACCCUACCCAAAGGGCAACGGCAUUUGAACUCUUACAGCACCAGUUCCUGCGGAUGGCAGAAAAGCCAAGCUGUUUGGUGCCCCUCAUGAGGAGUUUUAAGCAUAGUCCAUGUUAGCUUCCAUUUGUCAUGACAUGGUAUCUCUACUCAUCAGUGUGUAACUUCAGUAACUUGCUUGUGUACUAUCAUAUGCUGUAAGGAUUUCAAAUUGCUGAUAUUUUGUUUUAGGAAAGCAAGGGAAAAAAUUCAUCGAAAAUUUUACAUAUUUACAGUUAGCAGUUUUUCUCCAAAUUGAGGAGAAUAAAGUGUACUUCACCAAGAGAAUGUAGUAUUUGAUAGCACAACAGAUGAUUAGUCAGUUGUUUAUAUGAAUUGUUAACAUUUAUAUAUCGUGGUUGUUGAAAUAUUUUAUGAUAUAGAAACCUGUAAUAAUUUGGAUAUAAGCAGCAGGCUGUGAAGAGGAUUACAUAUCAGGGAAAUAGUUAACAGUGAAUAUAUCAAUGUUACAGUUUAUACAGCAACUAAAUGUUAAAAUAUCAGCAAGUUUUUGUUGAUCAUAAUAAUAUAAUGAAAAGUGAAAUCAAGAAUGAUUGUAGCUAAGAAAACAGGGAAUUAAAACUAACAAUCAAUAAGUUAAUUAAAGUUUAAAAAAAUUAAAAACAUUGAGCUAGUCGUUUUGUGAAAGCUAGUACAUUGUUUUACAAACUGAAAACUAUUACAUAGUUUUACAAGCUCAAAGUGUUGAUUGUAUUGAGAAACUAUGUAGGUCACCAUCUCAUGAACCUGUAUAUUUGUAUAGAUCACCGGAUAGUGAACUGUGUACUUCAUCAUCUUGUUAACUUGUAAUUCAGAGAUUCAGAGAAAGGCAGCUGGUUUGUAUUACAGUAUUGUUGUUAAUGGGAAGGCUGUCAGGGGCUUUUGAAAACUCAAAUUCCUGUACAUUAUUGCACAAAACAGAUUGUGGUUUGUACAUUUACAAAAAAAGAUAUGGUUGUAUCUGUCAAUGAGACCUAUAUCUGGGCAGAAUAGUUGCUAGUUUUGUGGAUUAAUCAGGGAAGCCUAAAACUGAUAUCCCUAGAUAAAGGUUCUGUUAUUGUUGUUACCAGACCUAGAGUCAAUCUCCAGGCUUGAACAUAUCAUUGAGAAUUUAUACAGAAAUUUAAGACGUGAAAGUGAACUUGUUUAUAAAGUACUGGAUUUAUUACUUUAUAUAUAUAUCUCAUGAAUACUUAACAGUUUAAUAAAAUAAGAAGUCAUUAUUUUAUCCCCAAGAAAGGUACACAGCUUAAGUUAAAUGGUGUUUCAAACCUCAUAUUCCUUACACCAUCCAUCGUGUACAAUUCAAACAGCAUAUCAAUCAUUAUCAUACAUUUGUACUACGCCGGUAUAGAUAGAAAUCAUUGUUUUUUAUGAUGAUGUGCAUUUACACCGUCUAUUUUAUCUUUACACUUGGUUGUUUCUAUGUUAUAUGUCUUUGUGAAUGUUAUACAUCAUAUUGGCUUGUAUACCUAUAUAUAUAUAUAUAUAUUAUUUGUUGCCAUUAUACACACCAAACACAGAAAGUUGUCACUUAUAGGUUGUUUUCUUUUACAGCACAUAUCAUGGCAAAGUGAGUUGUGAUUCAUUGGAAUUCAUUGAGAGUAAAAAGGCUUCCAUUUGUAAACAUAUAGAGUAUUUAAAGAAAAGAAGUAGACUCUAAAUUCAGAAUCAUUUUCACUUCAUAAUUUCAUAUGGAAUAACAAACUAUUUUAAAUCAUUUAUUUAGGGAAUAACAAUCUAUUGUUAUACCAUUUAUUCUGGAUGUGUUGUGUUAUAUCUGUACACAAGAAGCCAGUAAAGGGAAUAUUUUGUCAGUGCUGUAGGAAGUAUUAGUUCCCAAUAGUCAUAUUUUGUACUAAGCUUUCUGUCCUUACCAUACUAAUGUUAAUGUUGUAAAAAUGUAAAUUUGAAAUGUACAUAGGAGUUGAUUAGUGUAUAUAGCUAUUAUUUCAGUCCAUGUGUUUGAUAGAGCACAUGAAACAAUGAAGAGAUAAGUAUAUAAACCUACUUCAUUAACAUUGCAGUAAAUCGGUACGAUUAUUGUGUAAUAUCUUUGUCUUGGUCAGUAAAGGAGAUAUAAACUAAAAAGGACUAGAUCAUCUGAGCCAUACUUUGAUUUUAGGAUGUUGGUGGUCACUGAUUAUUCAUUCUAAAGCUGAGGCUGUAAAUAUGACGUCAUCAACUUCACAUUUCAUGUGUCUUGUAAAUACCAAUCAUGCAUACAAAGUUUUCCUUGUAAAUAUCAUAUUUCAUUUGUGAUAAUGGCAUUACCUGUGUCUGCUUUUGCCUCACAUGGACUGAUUACUAUUUAAGCUAAUUUUAAUACAAGUUUUAGAUUGUCGUCAAUAAAUCUUAGUAAUGCAGCUUCUCUCUGUGAUAAUAAAAACAGAAGCUAAAUGUUAUUGUAAGGGGAAAAAAUAGUCAUCCUCUAAAUCCAAUCUGAUUUCUUUAUCAGAAUAAUAGUUGGCCUAUAUGUCAAUAAUACAUUAAAUGUCACAGUAAACUUUCUAAAUACUUGUAAGAUCAGACAUUAUGAUUAUGGAACUUGAUGCUAAAAUAAAUUUUCCGUUUCAAAUUUAAAGGUUGGGUUGGUGGAAAUGUAAGUGCUAUAUAUGCAGAAUUACUAUAAUCAAGUGUUGAAAUGUUACAAAAAGGAGUUAUUUAUUACUUAAAGGAUUGACAGAGUUAUUACACUGGAAAAAGAUAAUUUGGGAAAAAGAGCAUGCAGUAUUUUUAUACUAUUGAGAUCACAAACUAUAUUUACUUGUGUAGUAAGAACAUGCAGAUAUUUAUCCACAGAAAUUUAUUUUAAAUUGUAAGUUACCAUAUAUUUAAGACGGAUAACAUAUUUAUGAGUAACAUGAUAAAAUAGUUAACAUUCCACAUUUUGUAUUAGAAAUACCAAACAUUUUAGAGUAAAUCAAUUAUUCGGAUAAUGCUUUUAAUUACGAAAUACCUGCAGAAAAAAAUGUGUCAAUAUUUUUUGUAACAGAAAGAUUAACCAAUAUUUGUUAUUCAUUGAAAAACUUGAAUAUUGGAUAGUAUAUUAUUGAAGAUUCAGAUUAUAAUUCAUAUUUAAAUACAUUCCAUUUAAAAGAAGAUUUUAUAAAUUUAUGUGGAGGGUAUUGAGACAUUCUUGUUACUAUUUAUAACCUGUAAGUGUACUUGUUUAGCCUAUUGGAACAAAGUGUUAUAGUCCAGCCAGGCUGGGUAUUUACUUGAGAUACUUUUUACAAUUACUGCUAUUCCAUAAGCCAAAGGGAGAUAAUCAACAUAAUCUUAUCCUUAAUGUGACCUGGUAUAUGUAUUCCAUUCUCUUGACAAUAUGCUAGUUGAUUUUCCAUUUCACCGGUCAAAGCACCAUACAUACAGCACAGGAUUUCUUCUGAUGGUGAAACUGAGCAAUAUUAUAUUGCUUCAUUAAGAAAGUACCAAAUUCCAAAAGUGUUCUGUGUGGAAAGUCAUCCCUAUAUAAGACAGCAAUUUUUUUAUUUUUUUUUGUAGGCAAGAUUAUUUAGUAGUUUUGAUCAAGUUUUUGUCCUGCAUUUUCCAUCCAGCAUAACAUGACUGCAUAUAUUUUUUUAUCAUUAACACAUGUUAUCAAAUAUUCAAAUAUACUAUUGAACAUCUCCAUUUUCAUUUUUUGAGAUCUUCCUUGUAGAAAUGACCAUACUUUUUGUAGAUGACGUGAAUACUAUUUUUUCAAUUUGGUACUUUUCUAUUCAGAGUUGGUUUUGUGAAGUUUGUUUUGAAACAGUUUCUUUCUAAACUACAAAAAAUGUCAUUUAUCUAGUCUUCAGCAUUAUCAAAUUUUAGAGAAAACAAAAUGCUGAUAAAUCAUUUAUACUUGACAGUUGUUUUCAGUUGAAUGAGAGUAAUUACAUAUAUGUACUCACACUAAAAUGACCUGUCAUAUUGAAUGCAGCAAGAAAUAUUCAAACCAGGAAAUUUCAUUUCCAUUUAUUAUUCGAGAAUGCAACCACUGGUAAUGAAUGGCCUAGUGACCACCAUCAACAUUAAAUAUGAAUUUGUGCGUAAUCAGUAUGGUAGUUGAAAGCUCAACAGGACAGGUCAUUUUAAUGUGACUGUGUAUAUCAGAUGUUCCAAUGUUUGUAGUAGUACAGAAUUGUGAUUCUUUACACAUACAAGCUGGCUGUAUUUUCACAUGUUUAUUUUUCAGACGAAAUAAAAAAUGUAAUAUAUUGUAAAUGUUUUUGUAAUAUAAAAAAAUGAACUUGA